GUUGGAUUUUAAGUGCUCAAUGGAGAUGUGGCAAGGACUGCGUUGCCGUUUUGAUUCCAUCCAAAGAAAGAUUUUGGACGAGCGCGUCGAGGCGGCAUCAAUUAAAAAUGUUCAAAAACAGCAACAGGACUCUAAAAUUCCCUGGUACGUGGCCAGCGGUUUCCUUCUGUUUUGGGCGCUCCUCUUCUUUGCCGUUGUGGUGCCACUGUUCUACCGCCUGCCCACAGCCCUGACCAUCGAAGAUGUGCCCAAGGGUGUAUUCAUUGCCGAGCGAGCACAGACAAACCUUUACGAGUUUGACAAAAUCGGCACCAAGGUGGUGGGCAGCGAUGGCAAUGAAAACCAGACUGUCAAGUUUCUGCUGAAGCAGUUGGCACUGAUUGAAAAGCAGCGCCUGGACGACUACUUCGACAUAGAAAUCGACUUGCAGAUUGCUUCUGGGGCCUAUAUCAAGUGGCAAUUGGUCAACAUGUAUCAGGCGGUGCAGAAUAUUGUCGUUAAGCUGACACCCAGGAACUGCACCAGCGACACUUACCUCCUGGUCAACAGCCACUUUGAUUCACAGCCGACCAGUCCCUCUGCUGGCGAUGCAGGCCACAUGGUUGUGACGAUCCUUGAGGUCCUUCGAGUGAUUUCUACAACCAAGCAAACGUUCAAGCAUCCAAUUAUCUUCCUGAUCAACGGUUCCGAGGAGAACUCAUUGCAGGCUUCGCACGGCUUCAUCUCCCAGCACAAAUGGGCUCCGUUCUGCAAGGUUGUUAUAAACCUGGAUGCAGCUGGCAGUGGAGGCCGCGAGAUUCUCUUCCAGACUGGACCCAAUCACCCUUGGCUCGUAGAUAGCUACAAGAAGAAUGCUGAGCAUCCAUUUGCCACCACCAUGGCUGAGGAAAUCUUUCAAACGGGUCUCAUCCCAUCGGACACUGAUUUCGGUAUUUUCCGCACAUAUGGAAACCUUAUUGGAUUGGACAUAGGACAGUGCUUCAAUGGUUACAUUUAUCACACACAAUACGAUCGUGUGGACAUUAUACCCAGGGCUUCUAUUCAGAACACGGGUGACAAUGUUCUCGGCCUUGUGCGGGCCCUGUCCAAUGCCACAGAGCUCCACGAUACCACGGCAAACCCUUCAGGAAACACAAUCUUCUUCGACGUCUUGGGGCUAUUCCUCAUCAGCUACUCGGAGAGCAAUGGCAUAAUCUUCAACUAUGCCGUGGCUGGAGCUACCAUUGUCCUGAUCUUUGUGUCCUUGUGGCGCACCGCAAGCGUGUCCAAUGUCUCCACCGGGCACGUCGUCGGCUGGUUCAUUCUGAUUCUCGUACUCCAGGUCAUUGCCUUGCUGCUUGGCCUGGGACUGCCCGUGGUGGUUGCGUAUUUGUUCGACAAGUAUGGCCUCUCCCUCACCUACUACAGCACUCCAGCACUGCUGAUCGGCCUGUAUGUGUGCCCGAGUCUCAUCGGUCUCAGUUUGCCCUCCUUCAUCUACUUGAAGCUGCAACGGGAUGACAAGGUUUCCUUUGCCAAACAACUGCAGCUGGUGCUCCACGGACACGCCACAAUCCUGGCCAUCCUCGGCUUUGGACUAACUCUCUAUGGCCUGCGCACAGCCUACGUGGUCACGUGGACUCUCGUCUUCUACAUUAUUCCCCUGGCCAUCAAUCUUCUCACGACUCUGCACGAUCGCGGCUUCGCCUGGACGGGUGUCCUGAAAGCCUUCCAAGUUAUCCCGUUCCUGUACAACAGCUAUCUCUUCUACACAUUCGUUGUGGUGCUCACCCCCAUGAUGGGUCGCUUUGGCUUGUCCACCAAUCCAGACUUGAUUGUUUCCGCCUUGACUGCAUUGGGCACAAUAUUCUCGUUGGGUUUUUUGGUUCUGCUUGUGCAUAUUUCUCGGCGCUUCAGUCUAAUUUUCUUCGGCCUGCUGGCUGUGACUGCCUUAACUGUAUACACUGCCUCAUCCACGCAAAUCGGGUUCCCCUACCGUCCCAAGACCAACGUGGAGCGAGUCCCAUAUUUGCAAGCGCGUCGCGUGUUCUAUGAGUACGAUGGAACAGUCAGCAAGGACGAGUCUGGAUACCUGUUCAAUUUCCAGGAUCGUCGUGGAGCUGCUCCCCUGAAGGGAACCAAGGUGAACCUUACUGGUUUGGUCAGCAUGAAAUCGGACUGCGAGAAGUACAUGAUGUGUGGGGUUCCUCUUUACGAUCACCGCUGGGUGGAGAGUCGGUUAAAUGGAAUGUGGCUGCCGCGUGAGCAGCCCGUUGAGACGCUUUCGGUGCCUGUUUUGGAGCUGCUAAGCAAGACUGUGCUUCCCAAUAACAAAACCGUACGAUUCGAGUUAAACCUGACGUGUCCUGAUCACACGAGUCUCUUCAUCCAGCCGUACGAAGACGUGAGCGUUAGCAACUGGUCGUUCCUGCUCAGCUACACGGCCACAUACACCCCCCCGUAUCAUAUAUACUUCUCAUAUGGAGUAGAUAAUUCACCAUUGAACUUCUUCAUUGAGCUAACGAAAUCUGAUGGAGACUUCGAUGUACCUGUGUUCCAACUGGGAAUAUCGGCCCAGUAUAUGCACUCUGAAGGCGAUCAUCUGAGUAGGAAAUUCGCUGCAUCAUUCCCUUCAUUUGCGGCGAUUGUUCAGUGGCCAGCUAUGUACCAGAGAUACAUAUAUUAA